AUGACAUUAUUUCCUAUGUCGUCGUCCGGGUACUAUCUCUUCCACUGUUUUUUUCUUCUCAUCACAUUCACUAAUUGUCUAGCAAAAACCAGUUUCCAGCCGAAAACUUUAUUCCUCUUAGUCAAGAAAGACCCAUCCAGCCUACAAUACAUUACUCAAAUUCACCAAAGGACACCUCUUGCCCCUCUUAAACUAGCCCUCCAUCUAGGUGGUGAAUGCCUAUGGGUAGAUUGUGAAAAAGGGUACAAAAGUUCCACUUACAAGCAAGCUCUUUGCAAUUCAAAUCAAUGUAAUCUUGCUAGGUCAACAACAUGUGGAAAUUGUUACGAAAAUAACACACGUCCAGGUUGCAACAACAACGCGUGUUAUAACGUUGUUUCAAAUCCAGCUAUGGAUAAUACUGCUAUCUCUGAUGAAGGUGAAAUCGCCGAGGAUGUUUUGUCAAUUCGAUCAAUUAACGGAUCCAUUCGAGGCCCUGUUGCAACUGUGCCAAGUUUUGUCUUUAGUUGCGCUACAUCCACUUUAACACAAAAUCUAGGCAAAAAAGUUAAGGGAAUGGUUGGUUUUGGGCAGCAGAGUCCUGUAUCCUUUGCUACUCAAUUUGCAUCAAUUUUUAGAUUCAGCAGACAGUUUGCCAUUUGCUUGAGCUCGUCGACUGAACGAAAAGGGGUAAUUUUCAUCGGACAUAGCCCUUAUUUCUUUAGCCUUGCCUUUGACGCAUCACAAGAUCUUAUCUAUACACCUAUAAUUACCCACCCGCGUUAUAUUACCAUUACCUACCCACAUUAUGUACGCAUCAAGCGCGACUCACCAGAGUAUUACAUUCAAGUUUCUUCGGUUAGGAUUAAUGGGAAAAAAUUGCCACUCAAUAAAACGUUACUCUCGUUGGAUGAAAAUGAAGAAGGUGGGACAAGAAUCAGCACGGCCGUUCCUUACACUGAAUUGGAGGGUUCUAUUUACAGUGUUGUAAGUAAAGCUUUUAUUAAUGAGAUGCCAAAAGAGGUGAAAAUGGUCCGUCCAGUGCAACCUUUUAAAACUUGCUUCAACUCGACAUAUAUUGGUAUGUCACGGCUAGGUUACAAUGCACCUGAAAUUAAUCUCGUUUUCCACAAGCCAAAUGUUUAUUGGACAAUUAUCGGAGCAAAUUCAUUAGUAAGAGUUAGCGAUGGUGUCAUAUGUCUAGCGUUUGUUGAACGGAGCAAAGCAUCUGGACAAGCAAUUGUUAUUGGUGGAUAUCAAAUGCAGGACAAUCUUGUGGAAUUUGAUCUUUCGAGAGGAAGAAUAGGUUUCAGUAACUCACUAUUUUUCCGUCAAACUAUGUGUUCAAAUCACAACUAUGCUUAGAGAAUCGUCAUUUGGGCUCCUAGCUAGUUGACUUAAUAGCGGAACCUGCUUGCUGACUAAGGAAAGGGGUCAUUUUAUCUUUAAUUAUAUACUAUUUCUUAUUAAAUAAUCUUCAUAACUUGAUAGGGUUGCAAACUUGCAAUCUUCAAAAGAUUUGAAGAUGCUUCCUGAAUAAGCUAAUAUUACUAUGAUAUAGUGUGAGCCAUGUGAAGCUGUUUGACAUCUUCACAUUCUUGUCAAAUGGAAUUGCAUUGAAUCUAACUACAAUAACAAAAGA